UAUUUCAAACCUAAAGGACCUAAUAUGUUCAAAGUAAUACAAAAAGAACCAAAAUACACUUAAGGGAUACGCAAAGGACUCUUUUGGAUUUUUUUCCCUUUUAGGGUUUUACAUCCACAAGCAAUAUGCAACUUUUUACAACUAUUAUGGAAAGUUAACACUUAUACCGCCGACCGCCGACCGCCGCCGCCACCGGUAUCUACUAUUUUGAGGUCAAUUUUUAUUUUUUAUUUUUUUCAGUUUCAAUCUAUAUUUGGUUUAAUUGUGAAGGGCUGAAGGCAUGAUCAAAUUUUAAGAGAAUCCCAUCCGUGUACUGAGCUGCGAAAUGAACCUUGGUAGACUGAAGAAUGUGGUAGCUGCUGCAGCCAUUGAAGGAGUGGCUGAGGCAAGGGCCAGGAUAUUUGGUCAUGUGCUUAAUCCAACGGGGCAGAGAUCACCUCACAAGGUUUUGCGCAAGAAGCUCAUCGGUGAGAAAGUGUCACAAUGGUACCCACAUGAUAUCAUGAAAGAUGAUCCUCUUGUGAUGGCACGUCAAGAGCAAGAGCGCCUGAGCAAGCUUGAAAUGCUCAAACGUCGUGGAAAGGGUCCUCCUAAGAAGGGUCAAGGCAAGCAGGCUAAAAAGCGCAAUAAAUAGAGAUCAUAUAUACUUUUAGGCUCUUUUCCUGUUUUACAAAUCCUACUACUCUCUUUACUGAGCGAGACUCCAUCCAUAUCCUUACUAGUAGUUUUUCUUUCAUUCAAUCGUCACUUACCGGCUUGCAAAUCGGUUACUCUUUGCAAUUUGAUCGCGUUCUUGUUUUUCAUUUCACAGGAUUUCUUUCUGCAACUCAAGCAUCUACUUUCAAUGUAGUCUUUGUUUUCAUGCU